ACCAAACGGGGAGUGGUGUGAAUGUGAAUUAUGAUUGUGAGAGCGCCAAUAUAAAUUUUUCCGACAUUUUAACCUGAUAUAUGAUGAAAGUAAAUGAAAUCCAAGAAAAUAUUCUGAAAAAUAACAAAUGUCUACAAAAAUAUAAAUUCUUUCAUCGAAAAAAAUUAGAGGAAGCUCAGCUCCAAAAAAUAGAGGAGGCUCAGCCUCCCCUGCCUCCUCUGAGGAGCCGCCACUGAUUUCUAUAUUCUUGGUGGUGGUGGUGGUGGUGGUGGUAUUAUUUAUGUUGGUGAUGGUUUUAUCAUAGGAGAGACUCAUGAUAUUCUCAAGAAAGAAGAUUUUGCUUUAGCCUUUAUGAACUCUGCAAUGGAAGACAAACUUCGAAAUUUCACGACGAUUGUUUGCAUGGAUGGUACACAUGGGACAAACAAAAAAGGACUGGACUUAACAAUUAUGCUGAUUAAAGAUGAUAGAAAUGCAAGAUUCCCAGUUGCUUUCUUUUUAUCAAAUCGUUUAGACCAACAAGUACAAGAAGUGUUUUUAGGUGCUCUUAGGAUAAAAAUGCAGCAGGAUAUUAAACCUGAAUAUUUUAUGAGUGAUGACGAUCCCAAGUAUUACAAUGCAUGGAUUAAAGUGAUGACAAACAAACCACAAAGACUUUUGUGUUCAUGGCACAUUGUAAAGAACUGGAAUAUCCAAGGAAAAAAAAUCCAUGAUGUUACAAUGAGAAAACAAAUGAAGCAAGAAAUGAAAAGAAUUUUAAAUGAGACUAAUGAGAAAAAAUUUAUUGAACUGAAGGAUGCAUAUCUGAACAAGCUGCAAGAAGCAAAUGAGCUGGAUUUUGCAAAUUAUCUUUUAAGGUAUUAUUUUCAGGAUGAAGACAGGAUUCGAAUGUGGGCCCAUUGCUAUAGAAAAAAUGCUGGAAUCAAUACCAAUAUGGCUAUAGAGAGUCUUAAUAAUUUAUUGAAGACUAAUCAGUUAAAAAGGAGAACAAGAGUAACAAUAGAAAAAUUACUAGACACAAUUGAAGACUUGGUGGACAUAAAAAUGUGGCAGAGGAUUUUAAGUAUUGAAAGGCCUAACGCUAACAAUUACCAGGACAGAAUUAUCAUUAAAGCACACAAGGAAGCUCACAGAAUAAAAAACAAAAUAGAAGUAAUUGAAAAACAGCUAGGAGGAUUCCAAGUUAAGUCUUCAAAAAAUGACAAUUUUUAUAAUGUUAAUUUAAAACAAAUAUGUGAGAGUGAAUGUAAAACAUUAUUUUGCAGAGUGUGCAAAAUAUGUAUCCAUCGAUAUCAGUGUGAUUGCCCAGAAUACAUGAUAAAAAAUUCCAUGUGUAAGCAUGUGCACUUGGUAUGUAUGUAUGAGGAGCGGAAGGGUACUAAUUCUGUUCUAGAUGAAGCUGCUGAAGUUCUGGGACAAAACUCGCAAAUUAGGAUCCAUCAUCAAGAAGAAAUUUCCCAAUUUUUAAAAGAAAAAAUGACGCAAGAGGAAGUGGAUGAAGUGACUGAACCAAAUUGGAGAAUAGUUACAGAAAAACAUUUAACAAACUGGAUACACAACUUAAACGAUGAAACUUUUGUCAGUUUUUGGAAGGACAUACAAGGGAUUAUGAGAAAAGCAGAUGAAAAAAGUAACACAACAACCACUAAGCGAAAAAUGGAAAAGCAGGAGUACUUCCCUACAAAAAAAACGAAUGUAGGCGAACAGAAGUGAUUCAUAAAUGAAGAAAUGGAGAAAAUAUUGACAAAUGGUGAAAAGAAGAAAUUAUGUUAAGAGAUAUUGUUUAACAUUAAAUUUGU